AUGGAUCGACGUGUUGGUUCCGCUUUAACGGCACCUGGUGUUACAAAGGGAACAACUGGCACUAUAACGAAAUUUUGUGGGCAACAAUAUUGUGGAAAAUGGCGUACUGGUUCAGUUAUGCGCAAUAAUGAACUUCAACAUCUCAUUGAUAAUGAUUUAUUUUGUAUAUCAGCUGAUCGGCGAGUUUCCCGAUUAAACAGCAUGCAACAACUUCGUCUUUUACAGAUUUUAUGCGAUUAUUUCAAUGAAAAGGAAAGCAUAGCUCGUGGUCACCAGUAUUUAUUUUUCGAGACUGUUUUUUGUGGCCGAGAAGGAGAAUCAUUAUUACACGAAGCGAGGAUAUCAUUACUUAUAAAAUUGUGCUCAUUGGCGAUACAAUAUCCAUGCUAUCUUCUUCUUAAUCAUGUCUCUCAAUGGCUUCAUAAAAUUGGUAGCGCAAAAUCUUACGCUCAACAAUUCAUUUCCUACCUUACUGAUCAUUUCGUCAUGAUGCCAUCCGAGUGGAACUUGCAUUCAUAUUUAAUUCCACUCGCCGAUGAAGCUCCUGAAUUCGUUUCUUACUUUAUUGCUUAUUCAGUUUCAAAGGAAGCCUUGAAGAAAGAGUUAAUAACUGUGCUAACUAGCUGGCUUACUGGUCGACGCUCAUCAAGAAUUAUCGUUUUCAUUAAAGAAACUCCCGCAGUCGCCAAACAAUUUGCUUCUUCAGUAAAUUUUUAUUUUCUGGUACUUCAGUUUUUUUUGGUGCUCUUUGAAACUUUUGCCCACCUCGUUUUUUAUGAUUGCAUAAUGGGUGGAUCUCCUCAAAAUUCUAUGCAUGGAAUCACAACAAUACUCUAUGCAGAUUGGGACUCAUCUGUUCCGUUAAAUUUCUUGUCAGCUUUAGAGGUUCUUUUUAUUAUGAUGCUUAACGAGGAUGAAACAGUUUUUGAUGAAAAGAUAUUGAGAUUUCACAUACAUUUGGCAAGGAAAUCAAAAGUUUUAUCUUCAAAAGAAUUUUUUGAAUUUUGUUCACGUCCAAAUCUUAAUGCUAAUAUUCGUUCGAUUCUUGACAUGAUUAAAACCCAGAAUUUUUGA